AGGGGCUUUGCGUUGUGGGCUGAGCCGAAGGACAGAGCGACAUGGACAUGGACAUGGGCGUCGCCCGAAAAGACGGGGCGAAGAAUCAUUCUCCGGUUGGAGGAAUUCGGAAUAGAGAAGCACAAUGAUUCGCCGAGCCUUUAUCCAGCGCUACCGUACAAAUGAUGAAGGGCACUCACCGGGGGGCCGGAUGAUGGAUCCUUCCUUGGCGGCCGCGAUCGUUCAUAACUACGAUCGCUGUUCAUUCAUUCAUUCUCUCCUCCUUCAUGGCAUCCGUCGAGCUCUCGACUCCAUUACUCCUCCACUUUAUGGCCGGGUUCUCACGACGCUACGAGCUCUCUCUGAUCUCCCGACAGCGGUCUGCCAGCUCUGAGUUUCUGUUCCAUCGGCCUCGGUCUCCCCCUCUCGCCAUUCUCUCACAUGACCCUCCCUUCAAGGCUCGAGCUCUCGCAGUGGCCGGCCGAGGGCCCAGACCAUAACACCUCUACCACUGUAUUGUACCGAAUGAUAUUCCAGUGCCUACGAGCGUUAAUCUCAUUUAGCUCAUUCGCUAGACUCGUUUAGGGAUUGCCAUUCUGCUAUAAACAAGGAGUCGGCGCCAAAUGAUGGUGAUGGAAUUUCGGACGACAAAAGGUCUGUCGAUCGCAGGCACUACGCUAGAGGCAAAUCCUUCACUGUGGGCCGGACGGGCCGGGCUUUGUCUGGAGUUUCGUUAGGGUUUCCUCACCCAGCCAAAGGGGAGAACAGCGUCUCCGUACCAGAUAGUCAACUGCUUCCAAAGAAGCAAGGUAUUUUAGACUGCUUCACGAAUCUUCUCUCAAAUAUUUUUUUCAUUCAAACUGCUUCUCCAGAAGCAAGAUGAGGGGCCCAAAUGUUUUCAGACUAUUUGCGAGUGUAUCCUGGUUCAAGCCUCUACGUCAUACACACAUCUACGAGAGCAAGAUUUACGGUCUAAUCCAUCACAAUCUGCAACGACUUCGAAAAAUGCUCUUCGUGCUGCAGCAGGGCCGUCGAGUAUGUGGUGGAGAAGCACACAAGGGCAUAUAAAAAAGUAUGUGGCGCAGAAGCCAACCAUGGUAGGGCAUGAAAACCAAGUCCGCGCUUGAAAUGUGCUCGAAUGUAUCUUUGGCCACUUCCGCUCUGCACUUGGUGAAGGAAAAGACCGCAUCACACAUCGAUGCUCAAAAGCUUGCUUCGACCGCUGAGGACACCAAACUCGGAAAGAGAGGAUCACAACGCCGACCCAUGUCUCGGAUUUAGGCACCAGUGUGGAAAUUCGGAAAAGUUGAACAGCAUAGGAACAGCGGCUCGAGUGUGACCUAAAAGCCUAGCGAGAGACAGUCGAAACGGCAUUGUCGUUUGUCCUACAAACGCUCCAAGCACGCAGAGCACGCAGUAAGAGGAUCAGAUAGAUAACGAACUUAACUUGUUGGGUGUCAAAGAAAAUUCUCCUCCUUCGCGGAAAUUCUCAUGUGGACCUGGUUUUGGGGUCUUCCUGUCUGAACUUACCUCCUCGGCAACGUUUAUUCACGUCACAAAUGCUAGAGACAACUUGGUAAUGACAUGGAUUCCUCGAAUCCGAAGAAGGUCAUGUGAAUAGUACCGCCCGUGGACAGUGAUCGAACUUGAAUAACGAUAUUCUGCCCGCCCAGUCAUGACAAAGACUGUAACUCACUUGGUGGGGACCUUGUCCCCUCGUAAUGCGUUUGGCCUCACUGAUCAUAUUCAUCAUAUUCUCACAGUGGAGUCGCCGCAUUGCCUCGAAGUUUCGAUGAUUGAACCAUUAUUCUGAUUCUGAUCGUGUUGUAGCAAGUUCUGAUCGAUGACCUUUCCCACUUUCAUACCAGUAUUCUGCACCGCAUGUUCCUCUGUACAUGCCAUGGAGUUCAUUCUGGCCUAUUCUGCAGAUGGAGCACUCCUGAUAAAUGAGCAUGUGACGGAUGUGCAGCUGCAGCUUAUUUUCUUAAUAUACUGCACAUGUUGGUCUGCAGGAAUAGCCCCUUGCCUACUAUUACGAAGGCCGGUGGUCCAGUCGAAGAAUUGAGAAAGUUGGAUUUUGAUAAUUUUCUCACUGGAAACACUUUUGCCCCUUCUCCAACAUAAGCUCAUAAUCUCUGACCAAAGUUGGAAAUUACAGGCGGAUAAGAAUGAACCUCCGUGUAAUGGGUUAUGUGAUAUUAUCAAAACUUGACUUUAACUUGGAAUGUCUCGUCUAGAUUGAGUUCGCUGCAACCCUCUAAAUUGAAUGAAUCCAUAGGAGGUGAAUCUUGUUCAAUCAUGCAACGAAAUGUGAUUGAUAAAUAAAAAAACAAAAACGACUUGAGAGCUGCAUCUGUUACCAUCAGGCCGAGCUGAAAUGUUCUCACAGUGAACACGUAUGAACACGAGCGUGUUGUCUUCCCAUGGAGGCUGCGAAGAGGUAAGAGGAGUGAG